UAAUAUAUGAAGGGACACCUCACCCACUCCGUCCCGUUCUAAGCCCUCAGCCCCACAACCUCUUCCUCCUCCACCAAUUCCUCUCUCUCUCUAAAACGCCUGCUUUCGUUCUCUGUUGGAUUAUAUCUGAAGCCCAUUCAGCUUCCUAUUUAUUCAUCGCAGCCUCUCCUCCUUCGAAGAUUCCUCGUUCACCUGCUUCAUCCUCUGACAAAACCGUAGCUUUCCCUUUUUCUUUGUUCUCACCGCCCAGAAUUUUCAGGCGACAAAACGAAAUUUUCCUGUUUGGAACCUGUGUUUUGGGGUUGAAAUGUCGUCGUCUCUGAUCUCGAACCCGGUGACAAACACGGACCGGUCUCGUGACCCCUCCAAGAGGAGGAAGAAGAAGAAAGCUCAACUCAAGCAACAGCUAGAGGAACAAAAUAUUAAAUGGAAGUCGCCGGCUCAGCAACAAAUCUACUCCUCCAAGCUCCACCAAGCCUUGGCCAGAGUCAACCUCGGCUCCUCCGGUUCCUCAGCCGGCGACGCGCCCCGCCGCGGUAAAGCCGUCCGCGAAGCUGCUGAUAGAGUCCUGGCCGUCACUGCUAAGGGCAAGACCCGGUGGAGCCGAGCCAUCCUUACCAAUCGGCUUAAGCUGAAAUUCAGGAAGCACAAGAGACAGAGAAUCACGGCGGCGGCCGCUUCCCCUGCCCGGUCGAAGAAGCCUAGAGUGAGCGUUCUCCGGCUGAGGGGGAAGAGCUUGCCAACGGUUCAGAGGAAAGUGAGGUUUCUUGGCCGGCUGGUCCCCGGUUGCAGGAAACAACCGGUGCCGGUGAUAUUGGAAGAAGCGAUUGAUUACAUAUCGGCACUCGAAAUGCAAGUCCGAGCCAUGAGCACUCUCGCUGACCUUCUUUCUGGGUCAACUACUCCCGGCGCCGGCUCGAGUUCCUCGGCGCCACCCAGCUGAUGACACGACACUUUUGGCGUAUCUGCCAGUUGUCAUAUUUUUUUAAAAGAAUAUUAUUAUUAUUUGCCUCCCAUCUUCUUCCUGCUCUGUCUCUUGCAAGUAAAGCUUUCUGUUCAAAGUACAUAACCCUUCGGCAUCUGUUUUUCUCUCCGUCCGAUUCAUUCUCUCAUUCUUACCUUCAAACUUCCGUCUCCCCAUUUUUACUAUAUCUGUACGAUUGAAUCCAUACUCCCCAGUCACCACCAUGAAUUUAAUCCUCUUUCUUGUUCUGUAAUACUGUGAAUAAUAAUAAUAAUAAUAUGGUUUUGCAGCUUUACAAACAUUCUGAAAUUUAUCCCGACACGUGACAAGAAAUUCAUGACAAUGAAAUACAGGACGUUUGCAUUUCCCUUUGAA